CUACAAUCCACUGACUUAAUUCCUAUUUCGUUUGAUAUUUAAUGUAUCGUUCCCGAAUUUGGAAUAUUUUCCUUUCAAUGUGGCGGGAGAUCUGAGUAGUGCAUGGAACGUUGAAUUCAAGAUUUCAAACAAUGGGUAUAACUGGACUCCUGCCAUACUUGAAGAAGAUCCACACCCCAGUAAAUAUUUCACAGUUUGAAGGCUGCACUGUUGCUGUGGAUGCGUAUUGUUGGCUUCAUAAAGGAGCUUUUUCAUGUGCUGACAAAUUGGCACUUGGCGAGACUACUGAUCAGUACAUAUGUCCAUUACUGCAUGAAAUAUGUGAAUAACAUGCUGAAGAAGAAAAUCCGACCAAUUCUGGUAUUUGAUGGGUGUCGUUUACCUUCCAAGAAGGAUGUUGAAAAGACUAGAAGAGAACGCAGAGAAACGAAUAGGAAGAAGGCAGCAGCGUAUUUGAGGGAAGGUAAACGCAGUGAAGCCAAAGAAUGUCUUCAGAGGAGUGUUGAUGUAACAUCACAGAUGGCUCUUCGGCUUAUGAAUGCCUGUAGAGAGCAAGGUGUGGAUUGUAUUGUGGCUCCGUAUGAAGCAGAUGCUCAGCUGGCGUAUCUCAACAAGAUUGGUGUUGCUCAAAUAGUUGUUACAGAGGACUCAGAUUUAUUGCUUUUCGGUUGUGAUAAGGUAAUCUUCAAAAUGGAUGUCUUUGGGAAUGGAAUUUUGGUGGAGCAUUCUCGACUAAAUGAAGUACUUCAGAUCAGAAGUGAUUUCUACACUUUUGAUAAAUUCCGGUACAUGUGUAUUUUGUCUGGUUGUGAUUACCUUGCUUCAUUACCUGGAAUUGGAUUGGCAAAAGCAAACAAGGUGUUUAAAAUGGCCCGACAACCAGAUCUUAAAGUGUUGCUUUCCAAACUGCCGUCCUAUCUGAAGAUGAAGCUGGUUGUGACGCAGGAAUACAUUGACAGAUUUGUACAGGCAGACAACACCUUCCUCUAUCAGUUGGUAUUUGAUCCAGUGAAAAGAACCCUUAUACCGCUAAACCCAUACCCGCCAGAAGUAUUUCCGUUACAGAUGGACUAUGCUGGACCGAUUAUGGAUGAUAAACAAGCUUUGCAGAUUGCCCUUGGUAACAUAGACACAACCAGUGGACAGAGAAUUGGAGAAUUUGUUCCUGCAAAAUUCCAGCAAAGCAAGUGCCAGAAUAAAGUCAGAACAGUCCACAUCUGGAACUCUGGCUAUGAUGUUCAAUUAGAAACAACUGCAUCUAUUGUUAGUCUUGCCCAGGCUACCACUGAGGUGAUAAAGGACCAUGCAUUGAGAGAUGAACUGGUCAAAAGGAAAACCAACUGCAAGAGAAAGAGAGAAGCUAUUGAAAACCAGGACUUCAAGUCUGACAAGGAGUUGACGUCCAUGUAUGAUGACAAUGCAUUUAAUAAUAAGAAAUCUAGAUAUGAAAAAGGGAGCCAAAUGCACCAAAAAACAAAUGACAAUAGUAAUUCUACUGCACCUAAAUCUCCUGUGAAGGAUAGAAGCAGAGAUGGCACAACUGCAGAUUUUCACAGUAUCACAACCCUUAAAGAAAACAAGCCUGGAUCUUUCAAGAGGAACAUGUUUGCUGUUCAGUCGUUAUCCCACAGGUCCAAAUUGGAUAUAAAUGAACCGAGAAGUAAAGUUUACAGCAGGUAUUUUUCUUGCAAAGAAAAAAAUGAAGUGGCACAAAGGCAAAGAAGUAUUGAAAACCAUAAUCCUGAGACCCAUUCUGAUAUACAGACAUUGAAUGAUGACAACUUUCAGUCAUUUCUACCUGCAGGCAGCAAACAGCAAAAUGAUUUGGUCUCAUCUCACACAGCAUCUGACGUUUCAUCUACGAAAAAAUCUGUUUCUGUAUUUAACUGGUCAAAGUCCAGUGGCACCAAUCUGUGUUGUAAAGAAGAGGAUUGUGUGGUGACAGGAGCACAAGCUGAAGACAUUCAUGAUAGGAAAACAAAUGAGGAUCUCCGUCAGAAUGCCAAGAAAUUGACCUCUUCAUCAUUGUUAAACAGAGGUGUAUCAUGUUCACCUAUUCCCCGAAAUUCACAGAAAUUGUCAGCACAAAAGGCCAUGUCAUCAAGUGAUAGAUUUGAAAAGGACUGUCGGGUAUCAGGCUUGUUGAAGACCUCCAAGAGUGCAAAACAGACAAAUCUCAAAGAAAUGUUUAGCAUGUUUGCUUUCAAGAAGUAGAUAUGAAGAAAACAUGCUGAUUCCAGGUGCUGCAAAGAUGAAAAUUCAUGAAGUCUUUACUUGAGAAAAUCAUGUGUAAGAAUAGAGGAUGUUUUUGUGAAGAAAAUCAGUGCAUUAUUUAUUUCCAUCAAGGCCUGAUAGUGAUCAUUUGUUCUUACAUAUUCUAUACCAGUGAUUACAAAUUGUCAUAUUGAAAAUGUCAUUUUGUCAAUAACUCAGAGAUUGGUUUAUUUAGAUGGGGUUUCUUUUAAUAGUGCCAUGUCAUGUCAUUUGUCAUCUUCUGAUGACUCUUGUUCUAGCUGUUACUAAUUUCUUUUAAGCAUCCUUGGAACUCAACUUUAGCCACUUUUGGGUGAAAAUGUCUUAUAUUCCAGAAGCUGUUAUGAUAACAAUCAUUUAUGUUUAUAGUAUAUUUCAGGUUAUAAUAGCAAGAAUAAAUGUAUCUUCUUUACUUCAUAUGUUUGCAAUUAUUAUGAGGUUAAAGUUAACACAACUUCUUUUGAGAAAGCAUGUCCAGUGAGUUGAGAAGGUCAAAGGACAAGACUAAAUGGACAUACCAACAAGUAUGAAUUGACCCCUAUAUUCUUUUUUAUAUUUAUCAAACAUGACGUAAAAGGAUAUUAGACAGCUUUGAUAAAGGGGUUAUGGGUACAAGCUUUAUGAGCUCACUUGAAGUAGAAUUUGGGAGAAGAGUAAAGACAAUGAAUGUUUCCUGGACUACAUUUCUCUCCAUGAGAUGGGAUUUCGAUACACUGUAUGUGGCGAUGACUGAGCAGUUUUCAGACACUAGUCCAUCCUGUCUACAAGAUCACAGGGGCUUCCAGACCUUGAUGAAUAAGAUUCAUUCCACUGUGGUACCAUAUGGUAAAGGUAAUUGUGUCAUUGUUUUUCACACCAGAACCCAUGAUCUGGGGUAUAUCAAUGGAUAUUAAUCUUAACAAACCCAGGUUAUUGUCAUGGAUAACGCCCGGGAACCAGAUACAGCCAUACCAAACAGGAGUAGUCUGAAGGCGACCGUGCAGAAAUAUCGGACAGAUCAUCUGAGAAAAUUUGCCUACAAAUAAAACCAGUAAAGUAUAAGACAAUCCUUCUGUCUUAAAAAUAAUAUGUUGAACUAUUCUGGGUGUGAAAGGUUCAUGGCAAGGCAACAAAACUCAAAUGUCUAAGGGUUGAAGUGCUGAUCAAUGCAGCCUUUGCUAAAAUCACACCAGAGUUAAGGCUGAAGAUCACGUUCUUGAAAAAGAAUGCCAGUACUGCCAACGUAGAUAUCAGCCAGUUAUCAUUCUUUUUGGUGAUAGUACAGACGCUGGCGAAACAAAUCAUCUGUAGAGCAACAAAUACUU